GGCUCCGGGCGGUCGCGGGGCGGCCGGGACAGCCCACCCGCCAGCGGCGGGGCGGCAGUGGGGCCUCCUGUGGGGCGUAGUAGGCCCGGGGGGGCCAUCACCACCCUCCAAGCUUCGUGCAGAGCGUUUGUCGCCUGGUUGCUGAGAGAAACUUUACUUAAAAAAAUAGGAAGGAAAUCCCCAAAGUGCUGGAGAAGGGCCCUGAAGGGACGGGCUGAAGCUGUGACCCGGUUUUGGGGUGCGAAGGGGGGCUGCGGCCUCGCCACAGAGGCCUCAGUUCCUCCUGGGCCUGCACGUUGGCUGGUGGGCGCAGUACCCUGUGGCCUUGGCUCUGGGGAGCAGGGGACAGCUGGUGACAACCUUCUAACGGCAGAAAGGCUUUGUGCUGCACCUUCCUGAGGGAGGGAAUAAAUGCUGCUUACACGGCACAAGUUGGUUUGUGUCCCCAUAAUGCCCAGUCCAUUGGGCUCCCCUUGCGGCCUAGCCCGCUGCUGUUCGGCUCCCACAAGGAUUUUUGGAAAUUUGGGGCUUGGGGACACGGUUGGGUCUUUCUGCAGCCCCACAGCGAGAGCAAAGCUUGUAGGAACGGAUGCGAAUUUGAACAUUGGACACCCCGCUUCUCUUUUGGACAAUACUGAUGAAAGCACAGGUUCAUCUCUUUGGGGCGAGGAUCAGUCUUCAAGUUUUGUCUUAAAAGCAGCAGGAGCUCUGAACACAUGGAUAGUCCACUGACUGGUUCCACUUUGCACAAGGACCUGUGUCUAAAUCCCCACCCACCUUCUGUGUCCUGAAACUGUUCUGAUGGACUGUGAUGGAACAAAGUGUAUUGCCAAAAGAGAACACUGUCUGUUCUACGGCUCAGUUGAGAAGCCGAGCCUGGCCAGCAGCCAGCCACUAGUCUGGGAGUCACAGUGAGAGAUGCCAACACGCCGGUGAGCAGCGACGGGGAGAGCAGCAGAGCCCAUCCAUGCUUACGCCCCCUCCCUGCAGGGGCUAGAGGAGGCAGGGACCCGGCUUGACAUCCCUGAGCAGGAUCCGGACGAGCCUGAGCUGAGCAUGCCAGAGCCAGCACCGCUCAGCGUGGACAAGAAAGCAGCAGAGAAGAAGCGGGCAGAGAAGGUGGGAGCCAAAGGCAGCACUACCGGGCCUCCAGUCCCCAAGAGCCUCCCCGUGCAGAGGAAGGUGGAGCCCCCCAGCCUGGACCCCGCGGAAGAGCCGCUCCUCUGGGAAGGGCUCACCCUCAACAAGUGCAUCCUGGUGGCUUCUGUCGUUGCCCUGCUCAGCGUCACCUUCCAGGUGCUCCAAGCGCCGUGUUCCAAGGAGGGCAUCAGCCGCAGCAGGCAGGACCCUCCACCGCCUCCCCUUCAUGUGGCCUGUCCCUCUCCCCUCCCAGAGGUGGUCAGCACCGAGGAGGAGGAGGUCCAAGAAGUAGUGACCACCCAGCCUGCCCAGCCGGAGAGCAGCAUGUUCAAGGAUGAUCAUGGUGACAAUGAUGGUGACGAUGACGGUGAUGAUGACGGUGACAAUGAUGAUGACAGUGAUGCUGACAGCAACCUGGCAGAGCCCUGGAUCUUCAAGAAGUGGUUUGGCCGCUCGGCACCAGAGGAUGAUGAGGACGAAGAGCCCACAGAUGAUGUCCCCGACGUGCCACCGGCCACAACACAGGUGAAGAAGAGUCGGGAGAAGAAGCUGGAGAAGAAGGAGGAGAAGGAGAAGGCCCGGGAGGGCCGUGCCACCCAGGUGGAACGGAGCAGCCGGAGGGAGGCACGAGCCAAGGACAGGGUGCUGGGGGACAAGCCCGGCAGAGCCCCCAGGGCCCCCCGAGAACCGGAGCAGCAGCCCCAGAAGAAGCGGGGCCGGGAGGGGAAGGAGAGCCGGCGGGAGCGGGACGAGCCCAGGAAGGAGGGGUGGAAGGGCCGUCCUGGCAGGGCUGACAGCGGCGCGGAGAGCCCGAAGCGGGACUGGCGGCAGCAGAAGGGCAGGAAGCCCUGGGACCCCGCGGCCGCCCCGGGGAAGGAUGGCACCGCCAGACCCCGGGAGGGCAAGAGGCGCGACUGAGGCUGGGGCGACCGAGGGGCUCGAUGAUGCUGAAUCCAGGGGGGUCCAACCCUGCCGCUGCCCCUGGCAAGGACACCCUGCCGCUCGCUGCCAGCUCCCAGAGACAUCCCGGGCCGGCAGCACAGGCAGCACGCUGGGAUCUCCAAGCAGCGGCAGGGCAGCUCAGGAGCCUGGCACGAGCCUCCCCAGGGACCUUGGGUCCCCCUGGAUUAGAUGCGCAAAGGCAACCCGAAGGGACCAGGGGAAGGAGCUUCUCUUCACCCGGGCUUCGCACUAUUUCUGCAUCCCCACCCAAAAUCUCUCUUGCAGUUCAUUUUCACUUGUGGCCCCCAAGGCAUCGGGGUGGCGCAGUGGGCACAGGGAUCCCAAUGAACAGAUUUUGCCUCUGAACUGCGUAGCUCUUCAAUUGACUAAAUGGUUUUAUUCAAAGCAAAUCAAGAGAGAAGUAGAUUCUGGGAUAACAAAGCCAGGCUGCAGCCAUCCUCGGAGGGACGUCAGGGAGACGACCACCACCUCGCUGGACCCCGGUGCCAUCGCUGCAGGGUGGUGCGAAGCUUGCUGGUAACAAAACAGGGCUGGAGAGCCCAUCACCCGGGGAUCCCUUCGGGCCUUGCCUUCACAGAGUCGCUUUUAGGAACGAAAAAACAAGUGCAAUAUCAUGCAGCGCUGUAGCAACUACAGGAGACGUUCACAGCCCCAACAGGUUUAAGUAUUUGCUAAAUCAAUAGAGGUUAAAAUAAACUAUUUUCAUUUUUAAUAAGGUAUUAAAGUGAAUGUUUAAAAAAAGAAUAACAAGAAAAGAUUUUGUCCCUGGUCCUGUUUGUGUGUUUUCUGGCACCCCCUAUCCCCACUGUACAGGGGCUCAGGGCCAACCCAGGUCCCCACGUGGGCUGUGGGGCACAGCUGGCAUGUGCCAGGCUCCGGCCGUGCCCCCGGCAGCCCCGCGGGGACACUGCAAAGCCCAAGGGCUGGUCCCAGCACCAAGGGGGCUGCAGCCAGAGCAAGCCCAGGAGCUGCUUCCUGGGGGUUUGGAGCCUGCGGCAGCCCCAGUGGGUUGUGCUGAGGGCUGGGCUGAGCUGGGAAGAUGAUCUGGGGGCAGCCGGGCUCUCCGUGCUGAUGCCAGCGGGGACGCGGAGCAGGUGCUUUGGCAGCCGUUUGCACCCGCUCCUAUUAAUGGUGUGAGCAGCCCA